ACAUCGAGCUGCUGGGCUACGAGAAGAGGUUUUUCCCCAGCCAGCACUACGUCUACAUGUUCCUGGUGAAAUGGAACGACCUCUCUGAGAAGCUCAUCUACCGCCGCUUUACCGAGAUAUACGAGUUCCACAAAGCACUGAAGGAGAUGUUCCCCAUCGAAUCUGGGGACAUCAACGUGGAGAAACGGAUCAUCCCACACUUGCCAGCCCCGAAGUGGUUCGAUGGGCAGCGCUCCACCGAGAGCAGGCAGGGCACGCUGGCCGAGUACUGCUACGCCCUGGUCAACCUGCCCCACAAGAUCUCCAGGUGCCUGCACGUGGUCGACUUCUUCAAGGUCCGGCACGACGACAUGAACCCUGUCACAGACAGCCAGAUCAAGAAGCCCGAGGUCUUCAUCCUGCCGAAGGAUGCCAAGAAAACCCUCACUGACAUCACGGGCCCCAUCGUCCUGCAGACGUACCGAGCCAUCGCUGACUACGAGAAGAGCUCCACGUCUGAGAUGGCUCUGAGGGCUGGGGACAUGGUGGACGUCGUGGAGAAGAGCGAGAGCGGUUGGUGGUUCUGCCAGCUGAAGAACAGACGGGGCUGGGUGCCAGCUGCCUACCUGGAGCCCAUGGAUGGUCCCGACGAGUCUGAGGAGCAGGAGCCCAACUAUGCAG